AUGGUCAGGAAACCUCCAACGAAUUUUGACAUGUUGAUUAACCAGGCAACUGAAUUCAUUAAUGUCGAAGAAGCACAAUUGUCUCGGAAGAAAAAAGUCAUUACGCCCACUCCUAUCCCAACAAUUGAUUGCCCAAUGCAACCUCCUCCACCACCAAGAGGACCUCUGGCGGGUCCUCAAAUCUGUCAUCAAGAACCACAACCUCAGGCUGUACAACAUGGGGAAGCUCGAGAAGCUCCACAAAGGUGGUGCACAUACCAUCGGGCAUCCACCCAUAACACUGAGGAGUGUUACACUCUAAAGAGGCAAAAUAAUAAUCCCAGGUAUCUCAGUAAAUAUUAUCUUCAAGCAAGCAUUCGACUAACUACAAAUAGACCCAUGCGAAUUGCAGCCCAUGAUGACUCCCUUGUAUGGGUUCACAGGCAACAAGAUGACAAUGUGGGAGAAGUCAAAGGUGACCAAUUAGUGGCUCGUAAAUGCUAUGUGGAGAUAAUCAAGACAAAGGUCAAUGGUGCUCGAAAGAUUCAAAGGAUGGAAGUCAAUACCAUCCAAGAGAAGCCGUCCAUCCUGGUAUAUGAAGAAAAGGAAGAAAUACAAAUUCAAGCUGGUCGUCCAGAAGUCACCACUCAGAUAGCGACCAACUUUGCUCCUGAGCUUAAGACCAAGUUGGUGGAAUCUCAAAAAUCCCAACAAUUGGAAUCCUUGGCAACGGAGUCGCCAGUGAUGUCGGCUGGGGUCGAGCCUGUCGGUCAGGGACAGACUCCACAUGGUACUACCGGCGCGUCGGGCUCUCAGACUCCAAUGGUUUCAGAGGUACCUACUCCGACCGUACCCGCCAUACCGACUCCUAUAGUAUUCACAGUGCCACCAACAGUGGCACCUGCGGCAUAUCCGACACCUCCUCCAGCCGUGCCUAUGGCGUAUCUGGCACCUCCUCCAGUAGUACUUGCUGCUGCAAACCCGACACAUGCACUAGUUGCACCUGUUACACCUACCGUACCUCCAGCCGCGCCCACCUAA